AUGCUUACCGGUGGUAGAGUCGUCGGCAGCGACUGGAAGACAGCAUUUAAACAAACGCGAUACUUUUCUGUUGGUGGUAAAAACGUGUAUGAUGUGGCUUUAUUUAUACAUUUCACUCAUCAAGUGAUUGUUUGUCGGGCGACGUUUCGCGGUUACACAAGCGCAUAUAAUGCUACGAUCUAUGAUUUAUCAAUGAUGCAAGAUGAACGGACGUCGGCAGUACAACAAACUUUUCAACCUGUGUUUUUAGAUCGUCAAAAUUUUCAAUCGGCGUUUUUAGUUUUUGGUGUUUGUCAGUUUAAGUUUUUCAUGAACAAUUCCUAUAUGAUUGAAAUUCCAUUUUCGUUAGAUAAAGUGGCGUUGAAACGAUGGUGUGAAGGCAUCAAGAAAGAAAUGUGGAAACUGUUUGUCAUUAUGUGGGGUAACCACAAAGAAACAAGAAAAUGUGGAUCGUCAACGUGUUCUUCUUGCUUUGUUGUCGAUGGACAACAAAAAAUUGACCGACCGAUCUGUCGAUUCAAAAAUGUUAUUAAAGAAAAUUAUGAAUUAGGUGAUGUGUUUGUCGGUUGUGGUGAAACAUCUAUAGCAGGAUCUCAUUUCUGCGAUACUCAUUCAUACAUUGGUGGUACAAGUACCGAAGCAGAUGGAAUGAUUUUAGAGGAAGAUAAUGAUUGCCUGGAUAAUCCUGUUUCUGAUUGUAACAUGUCACGCAUCGAACCAGAAACAAAUGAUAAACGACUGACGAGUUGCGGAGUGCUGGUAUUGUUUUUUCCAUAUGGAAUUAUUGGUCCUUUCACCGAGUUGUACCGAAGUGAAUCGGUACGAAGAUGCUUAUUAUUUUUAUUGGAGACAUUAUAUUAA